AUGCCUCACCGCCAACUCAUUCAGGGCGUCAACUACACCCUUAACCGUCUAUGGCAUUCUAAGAUAGAAAUAACUCCGUACGAGGCACUGUAUGGACGUCAACCUAACGUUUCUAACCUUCGUGCCUUAGGCUGUCAAGCCUGGUAUCUCAUUCCCUCGCAGCGCCGUGAAACCAAGCUUUAUCCACACAUGGCCGAAGCCCGCCUGCUUGCUUACUAG